GGGCGGGCGACGACCUUCAAUUUUCAUUGCAGCAAUCAAGCUCCAACUUUAAAGACUCUGAGCUCCUCCUUCCAUCAGUCUUUGGGCCUGCCUGAUUACUUAGAUGCGGCAGGGAUCACCAGGGCGCUAUGGCAGGAACGUUCCGGAGUCCUGCGCUCCUUGCAAUUCUCUCGAAGACCUUUCCUUUGGAGCGGCUUUAUGUUGGGAGGCACAUGUCUUCAACAGCGGCUGGAGUAUUUGAUGUCCUCAAUCCCGCAACUGGCAAGCUGAUUACUUCAUUGCCAGAGGAUUCUCAAGAUCAGGUUGCUCAGAAAUUUGCUCAAGCGCAAGCUGGCCAAAGGGAAUGGAAGAAGGGGCCUCUGCAAGAGAGACAGGAAGCCCUCCGGACAUUCAACAAGCUGCUUCUCAGUCGCACAGACUCUUUGGCGGCCACCUUAACCUCCGAGAUGGGCAAGCCACUGAGCCAGGCCCGAAACGAGAUCCGAGCCACGCCCUUAAGGAUACAGUAUCUGAUUGACAACGCGCCCCAGGUCCUAGAGAGGCAGGACGUUUUCGGAAGCGCGGGCGCCAAAGUGCGCGAGUGCCUCACGUACGAACCGCUCGGAGUGGUCGCCAAUAUCUCUGCCUGGAACUACCCCUACUUCACGUCGGCAAACGUCUUCGCGGCCGCUCUAGUUACCGGGAACAGCGUGCUCUACAAGCCGAGCGAGCAUACAACGCUUACUGGCCUUGCAAUAGGAGAGCUGCUCCACGAGGCAGGCGUUCCGGAAGAUGCAUUUGUCACCGUCACGGGGCGCGGAUCGACAGGCGCGGCCGUCGCAUCUCUACCCGGUCUCGGAGGCGUCUUCUUCACGGGUUCAAAUCCGACGGGCGCGAAGAUCGCGGCGGCGGCGGCACCGAACAUGGUCAAAGUGCAACUAGAGCUGGGAGGAAAAGACCCCGUGUACGUUCGGCCCGACGUGGAUGUCCGAAAGGCUGCUGAGGCUAUCGCGGACGGCGCGUUCUACAACAACGGGCAGAGCUGCUGUUCGGUGGAGCGGAUAUACGUGCACGCGAGCAUACACGACGAGUUUGUGGACGCUUUUGCGGCAACGGUGGAAGCCUUCAAGAUGGACGAUCCAACGGCAGACGGCACCUACCUGGGCCCAGUCACCCGGCAACCCCACGUCGCCUUUCUGAAAGCUCAAGUCGAAGACGCAUUAACCAAAGGCGCGACGCCCGUCGUGCUUGGGAGCCACACCGACUUCACCAGCAGAAGGGGCUACUUCUUCCCGCCCGUCGUUCUGAAGAAUGUGGACCACACGAUGAGCCUGAUGCGGGAGGAGACGUUCGGGCCGGUGAUAGGCAUUCAGUCUGUCUCGGGCGAUGACGAGGCCGUCUCGCUGAUGAACGACACGAAGUACGGGCUGACUGCCGGGGUGUACACCAAAGACGGCGACGCUGCCGAGCGCAUUCUAGCAGAACUGAACGUUGGGUCGGGGUAUUGGAACUGCUGCGACCGGGUUUCGCCGCGGCUACCAUGGUCCGGUCGGAAAAGCUCGGGAGUAGGGAGCACUCUAGGGUUGGACGGCCUGCGAUCUUUUGUCCGACCGAAAGCCUUGCACUUGCAGGCGGCAUAGUGAAAGGGAGACAUCGCAACACGUCUUUGAACGUGUUCAAUGCGGGCAAAUGAUAACCAGCUUCCGAGAGUCGCAUGCCAAUCUGGAUUGGAGUGAACGAAGAUAGAUGGAUUCUGGAGAUCAGAUGCAACCUGAGAUGCAUUGACGGCUUCGGCUAAGGCAUGGCGAGA